CCUCAAGGCCUAAAACCCCUAUGGACACAUUCACACUCCCCCUAUCGUAGCUCUGCUGCCCGAAAGACAAAGGUAGACGAACGAACCCCAGUCUGUAUUUUCAGCUCACAUUCGAAUCGACACUCCUCGCCCAUCUCCUGAGCUGCCAUCUCCAGGCGAUUGAAGGAGGAAGCCGCAAAUGAAGAAGAUGCGAAGGAUGAAGCUCUGCUCAAAAGACGAAGCCCUGAAGAACGAUUCUGCACUCCGCAAUCUGCAUUUAGUUGAUGUCAUAAUAACUUGUUAACUGUGACCCAGGGUUGAUGGUGUAGGAAUUUGUCUGCAAAGAAAUAAAGCGUUCAGCUGCAUGCAUCAAUGAGAAAGCUCGCCUCACUUGUUAUAUUGGGAGAAGAUUGUAAAACCAUGAGUGGUGCAUUAUCUGCUUUAUCCAUACUUUGUGAAUCUUCUCACAUAAAACACACACUAAGAGAAGAAAGAAGGCCGUUCUCUAGUGGAAUCUCACAGAGAAUUAAGGAAGAUCAUGUGGCAGCUCGCAUUGCCAGGGGAGCUAAGGCAGAAGUGAUUAGACAAGACAGAAGAUGUAAUGGCAGUUCCAAUAGAAGCCCUAAAAUAACUAAAAAUGAAAUGUCUGAUGUAGUGAGCAAGGGAAGGAGGUGUCUGAUACGUGAACAUGCCACUCUCAAACACCAUACCCAUUAUUAUUACUCUAGUGGUAGAGAGCAAAAACUUUCUGAAAAUGUACAAUUUACAAACUGUUCUUCACCGUCUUUAUCACAGAUGUAUCAACUAAGAAGAGAUGAACUGCAAUCACCAAUCCAACUAUUGCCAAAUGUUAUGCAGCCUAUUAAGUUAAUGGCAACCAAAACCAAAGAAAAGAAGACAGAGAUUUUUUUUAAGCAAGAUGAAGGCAUCCCAUCUCUGGAAACGGGAAUCAACUUACCAGUUUUUGCUGGUAAUGGUACUCUGAACCCGACUCAACUAGCAAACUCCACUGCCUCAGAAAUGUGCAUUACCAAGGCAAACCUUCAGGAGAGGCUGGGGUCCAUCUAUGAGAAAGUUUUCAUAGUUGACAACAUCUCACUGGCCAAGGAAGUAGUCAGUAAGCUUACAAAUGAGUACAGAGAUUUAAUCCAUGCAUGUGAUACUGAGGUAUCCAAGAUUAAUGUCAAGAAAGAGACACCAGUUGGUCAUGGAGAAAUCAUAUGCUUCAGUAUUUAUUCUGGACCAAUUGCUGAUUUUGGAAAGGGAAAAUCUUGUGUUUGGAUUGAUGUUCUUGAUGGCGGUGGGAAGGAUAUUUUAGUAGAAUUUGCCCCAUUUUUUGAAGAUCCUUCAAUUAGAAAGGUAUGGCACAACUAUAGCUUUGAUUGCCAUGUCAUAGAAAAUUAUGGACUCAAAAUAUCCGGGUUUCAUGCUGAUACCAUGCACAUGGCUCGGCUGUGGGACUCCUCCAGACGAGCAAAGGGAGGCUAUUCGCUUGAGGCUCUUACAGGUGAUAACUAUGUCAUGUGUGAUGCAAGAGUCUCCCCUGGUAAAGAGCUGUUUGGUAAAGUGUCAAUGAAAACUAUUUUCGGCAGGAAAAAAUUGAAGAAAGAUGGGACUGAGGGUAAAGUUGACAUCAUUCCAUUAGUUGAAGAGUUGCAAAGAGCGGAUCGCAAAUUAUGGAUUUCUUACUCUGCCUUGGAUUCCAUAAGCACAUUAAUGCUUUAUGAAAGUUUGAAAACUAAGCUGUCUAAUCUGGUCUGGGUGUUUGAUGGAGUUUAUAAAGGGAACAUGCUUAACUUUUAUAAUAGAUACUGGCUUCCAUUUGGUGAGCUUUUAGUUCAGAUGGAAACUGAGGGCAUGCUUGUUGAUUGUGCUUAUCUGGCUGAGUUGCAGAAAGUGGCUCAAGCCGAGCAGGAGAUUGCUUCUCUCAGAUUUCGCAACUGGGCAUCUAAGUACUGCCCUGAUGCAAAAUAUAUGAAUGUUGGAAGUGAUCAACAACUGCGUCAGCUUUUUUUUGGCGGCGCUUUGAACAAAAGGGACCCUAAUGAGAUUCUCGACAACAAGAAGGAUUUCAAAAUUCUCAACACACUAAAUAUAAUAGAAGACGGAAAGAAGGUUCCAUCAAAGUAUAAUAAGAUCACACUUUAUAAGAUUGGUGGCCACAUUGAGGUUGAUUUGCACACUGCUAGUGGUUGGCCAUCUGUUAGCGGCGAUGCAUUAAAGGCUCUUGCCGGCAAAAUUUCUGCUGAUAUUCAAACUACUAGUGGAUCAGAUUACAGUGAGGAAGAAGGUUCCGUUUCAGACAAUGAUGAGCCUUAUGUGGCUAAUAAAGAAGCACCAUGUGCAGAAAUCUCGGGGUAUGGAACAGCUUAUAAAGCUUUUGGAGGUGGAAAAGAAGGAAUAGAGGCGUGUCAUGCCAUUGCCUCUUUAAUUCAAGUUUGCUCCAUUAACUCCCUGAUUUCGAACUUCAUCAUCCCUUUGCAGGGCGGGGAGAUAUCCGGAAGUAAUGGACGCAUCCAUUGUUCACUGAACUUAAAUACUGAAACUGGACGUUUGUCAGCAAGGAGGCCAAAUUUGCAGAACCAGCCAGCUUUGGAAAAAGACAGGUAUAAAAUUCGUCAGGCAUUCAUCGCUGCACCUGGGAAUUCCUUAGUUGUGGCUGACUAUGGCCAGUUGGAACUUAGGAUUCUUGCACAUCUUGCAAAUUGUAAGAGUAUGUUAGCUGCCUUUGAAGCUGGUGGAGACUUCCAUUCAAGGACUGCUUUAAGCAUGUAUCCACACAUACGAGAAGCAAUUGAGAACAAACAUGUUCUCCUUGAAUGGGACCCUCAGCCUGGUGAAGAUAUGCCACCCGUUCCAUUACUAAAGGAUGCUUUCGCCUCUGAAAGAAGGAAAGCAAAGAUGCUAAAUUUUUCUAUUGCUUAUGGAAAAACUACAGUGGGGCUUGCUCGGGAUUGGAAGGUAUCCCUGAAGGAAGCUGAAGAAACUGUUAAUAGAUGGUAUAGUAACAGGAAGGAAGUUUUAUCUUGGCAAGAGCAACGUAAAUCUGAAGCACAUGAAUUUGGAUGUGUUUACACACUGUUAGGACGUGCACGCUGGUUCCCUUCCCUUAAAAAAGCAAAUUCCUCUUUAAAAAGUCACAUUGAACGAGCUGCCAUCAAUACUCCAGUUCAGGGAAGUGCUGCAGAUGUUGCAAUGUGUGCCAUGCUAGAAAUAUCAAAGAACCGGCGACUAGAGGAGCUCGGAUGGAAAUUGCUUUUACAGGUUCACGAUGAAGUGAUUCUUGAAGGGCCAACAGAAUCAGCAGAGGAAGCCAAGGCUAUUGUAGUGGACUGUAUGUCCAAGCCGUUCCAUGGUAAGAAUAUACUAAGAGUUGGGCUGUCUGUUGAUGCCAAAUGUGCUAAAAACUGGUACUCUGCCAAAUAGAGUUCUCUAAUCUUCAUCUCUUAUGUAAUCGUGAUUAUUAGCCUCUCAAGUUCAUGGUAUCUCUCCUUUAGAUAGGAAAUCGAAUGGGUUAGUUAGUUUUGUGUGUAUAAGCACACGUAUAUUUGCAUUUGCAUUUUGUAUUUGUAUGAUAGAAGGAAAAAGAUGAGCAGGUGCACUGCUUAUUUGUAACAAUCAUCAUCACCAUUAGAAUGUUAAAUGCAUGCUGAUUUCCGAGAAGCAGUAGAUCCAAA